AUGUUCUAUUGCACAUGUGUUUUCAAAUUUUCCAUUGUCUUUUUUUUUUCUUUUCAUCGAGAUAGAUUCUCUUACUGUUUAUUCUUUCUUUCUUUCUUUCUUUCUUUCUUUCUUUCUCUGUCCACACCACCCCACCCCCACAUUUCUUUUCGCCGGGCCUUCGUUACAGGGCCUAUUCAAAAUUCAUUCGUCUCUUCUUCAUUUAUUCUUUCUUUUCUUCUGCGUUUGCAAAAAAAGGUAAAGACAACUCCCGCUUUUCUUUUUAAUACGUUUAUGAGACCAUUCAAUUUAUAUCUAUCUAUCUUAUUCUCUUCUAUACAUCUUUCUGUUUACCUCUCUCUCUCUCUCUCUCUCUCUCUCUCUCUCUCUCAGUUCAUUCUGUGUGACCUUGUUCAUAAUAUCUAUCUAUCUAUCUAUCUAUCUAUCUAUCUAUCUAUCUAUCUAAUUCAUUCAUUCAUAUCUAUCUAUCUAUCUAUCUAUCUAUCUAUCUAUCUAUCUAUCUAUCUAUAUCUAUGUCGAUCAAUCUAUGUGUCUUGUCUGUAUACAUCUCUCUCUGUCUCUCGCUCUAUGUUUCAUUCUGUGUCAUCCUGUUUAUUAAAAUAUCUAUCUGAAUCGGUCUCUAUCUAUCUAUCUAUCUAUCUAUCUAUCUAUCUAUCUAUCUAUCUAUCUAUCUAUCUCUGCUCGUCUGUCACAAUUCACUGCUCUCCUUCUCUCCCUCACCCCUCUCUCUCUCUCUCCCUCCCUCUUUAUCUAUAUAAAAACACAAAAUACACCAUUGUCUCUUUCUCUCUUAUUUUAUGGCUCUCUUUCCCUCUUCCUUUAUUCUUUCUUUCUUUCUAUCUUUUUCACUCUUUCUUUCAUUCUUUCUCUGUUGUUUAUUUUAUGUCUCUCUCUCUCUCUCUCUCUCUCUCUCUCUCUCUAUUCUUUCUUUCUUUUUUCAGUCUUUCUCUUUCACUCUUUCUCUCAUGUUUAUUUAAUGUCUUUCUCUCUCCUUUCUUUCCUUCUCUCUUUUUCAGUCUGUCUCUUUCACUCUUACUUUCUCUCUUUCUUAUUUUAUGGCACUCUCUCUCUCUCUCUCUCUCUCUCUUUAGAAUAUCUCAUCUCUAUGGAUCAGUCAUAAGCUUAUCUUCCUUUCAUUCUCUUUUCCUCUUAUCUACAGUUUCUCAUUUUCAUUUUGUUUUUUGCUUCUCGCUUUCUUAUCUGUUUCUCUUUUUUUUAAUUCUCUUCGAUCGUCUUUUAUCCCCCCCUCUCUCUCUCUCUCUCUCUCUCUCUCUCUCUCAGUGUUUUACUUCAACACUUGCAUUUUUCUCUCCUCCUCCUGUUUUUCCCCCUCUUUCUUUCUUUCUUUCUUUCUUUCUUUCUUUCUUUCUUUCUUUCUUUCUUUCUUUCUUUCCAUCUCCGAAGAAAUUCAGGAUACAUGUGCAUUUCGUUGCCGCUUCUUUGCUUCUCUUUCUCCUCUCUGAAAUUACCUCUAUUUUAGAGGGGUUUUUUGGGGUUUUUUUUUUACCUUCUAUUACCUUUUCUUUCUUGCAUACCGAUUGCAUUUCUCUUACAUCAUCUCCCUCUCAUUUUAUUUCUUCUUGCGUUUCUUCUUCUUCUUCUUCUUCUUCUUUCAGUGUCGCUUUCUCUCCUUAUAUAAUUCUGUUAAUGCUCCUCAAAGUCAUCUUUCCUUUUUCAUUUUUUCUUUCUGUCUUUCUUUCUUUCUUUCUUUCUUUCUUUCUUUCUUUCUUUCUUUCUUUCUUUCUUUCUUUAACACUGCUUAUUUCUUCAUAUGAAAUCAGUACUUUCUCUCAUUCUCUUCAAUUUACACUAUUCUUCAUUUUGUUUCUAGUCAGAAUCCAAGGAAGCAUUUUUCCUUGA